GUUGAGUUAGCAAGCUCACAGCGGGAACGGACGGAUUCUUCUUUGGAAAAUGCAGGGUCGGAAGUUUGUAAUAUGUCUUUACAUUGGGAUGUAUUUAUGGACGUCGUUCCUUUUCAAAGGGUCGUUGCAGGGUGAGUACCAGAGGAAACUGUAUAAGGAGCUAAUGGUCAACUACAACCGCCUAGAGAGGCCGGUCUCCAAUGACUCCGCACCCAUCUUAGUGGAGUUGGGCAUGGCUCUGCUGCAGAUCAUUGACGUGGAUGAGAAGAACCAGGUCCUGAUAUCAAAUGUUUGGCUACAGUUGUACUGGACUGAUGUGUACCUCAGUUGGAAUCCUGACAAUUACCCAGGGGUACAGACUCUACGCUUUCCUUCCAAUCAGGUGUGGGUGCCAGAUAUACUCCUGUACAACAGUGCAGAUGAAAGGUUUGAUGCCACAUUUCACACCAAUGUCCUGGUCAACGCAUCGGGGUAUUGCCAGUAUAUACCACCAGGGAUCCUGAAGAGUACCUGCUACAUCGAUGUGCGCUGGUUCCCCUUUGACGUUCAGAAGUGCAACCUUAAAUUUGGCUCCUGGACCUACAAUGGCUGGAUGCUGGACCUGCAGAUGCUGUCAGUUGACACUUCCACCUACAUCCCCAAUGGGGAGUGGGACCUUGUGGGAGUGCCUUCGAAGAGGAACGAGCUGUACUACGAGUGCUGUAAGGAGCCAUACCCAGACGUGACGUUCACGGUGACCAUGCGCAGGCGCACGCUCUACUACGGCCUGAACCUGCUCAUCCCCUGCGUGCUCAUCUCCGGCCUGGCCCUGCUCGUCUUCCUGCUGCCCGCAGACUCUGGGGAGAAGAUCUCACUGGGAAUAACUGUCUUGCUGUCCCUCACCGUGUUCAUGCUGCUCGUAGCCGAGAUCAUGCCGGCCACCUCGGACUCUGUCCCUCUCAUUGCUCAGUACUUUGCCAGCACCAUGAUGAUCGUGGGACUGUCCGUGGUGGUCACCGUUCUUGUUCUCCAGUUCCACCAUCACGACCCUCAGGGUAGCAAGAUGCCCAAGUGGGUGCGCGUGGUCCUGCUGAACUGGUGCGCCUGGUUCCUGCGCAUGAAGCAACCGGGCGACAACCGCAAGCUGAUAGGCUACAAGUACUGCCACGCGCACUCCAGCGGCAGCAGCGUGGAGAUGAGCGCGGGGGGGCCGGGCCAGCCGGCGGCCAGCGCCAACGGCAACAUGAACAUGUACUUCAGCUACCACAGCAUGGAGAACGCCUGCUGCCCCCUGAGCGCAGACUCAGGCGUGAUCUGCGGGCGCGCGGGCGGAGGGGGGGUCUCCCCCGGAGAAGAGCGGGAGAGGCAGAGGGCUCUCCUGGCCGAGCAGGCCCCGGAGAUCGGCCGCAUCCUGGAGGAGGUGCAGUACAUAGCCCAGCGCUUCCGAGACCAGGACCACGGCGAGGCCGUGUGCAGCGAGUGGAAGUUCGCGGCGGCAGUGGUGGACCGCCUCUGCCUGGUGGCCUUCUCGCUCUUCUCCAUCAUCUGCACCUUCACCAUCCUCAUGUCAGCGCCCAACUUUAUCGAGGCCGUCUCCAAGGACUUCACCUAAGCCCUCCGUCCCUGUGUCGAAGAGAGGCUAGGACUGAAGUACGAAGGAAAAGCAAGACACUGGUUUUGUUUUCUUGCUGUUUGAGGGAGACAAAUAUACCUGUGCGCAUAGUCUUAUAUAUAUAUAUACUACAACCAGACCUCGGGCAAGUACAUCAUUGUUUUGAAUUCAAAUACUUUUCUACACUUUACUGAGUGUGUACGGUGUAUUAGAACUUAUGAAAUACUCUCAAGAAGUGUGAAAGCCGCAUUCUGCUCCUCUUGGUUGGAUCAAUUGCACCAGGCAAGAUCAAUCAAGCACAAAAGUAUUUGCAUCCAAAAUAAUUACGUAUUUGACCCGGAUCUUACUACAACGGAACAAAAUAUACAAACAAAAUAUCAAAUUGUAAAUAUACUGCAUCAUCUGUGACAGGCUUUCUUGUUUUGUGUUUUGGCAAUGUUGUGUGAUGAUAUUUAAACAAAUGACCAUUCCACAAAGCUAGUUUCCUAUAACCUGGGCCCUGUCUCUUCAGCCCAAUUACUGUUUGGAAUUUUGAUUAUUAUUAUUAUUAUUAUUAUUAUUAUGUUAGGAGAUUUUUCACUGUGAACCCAAAAUUCUGUUUUAGAGGAAGCUCUAAAUACUGUAUUAUGACUAACUACCGUUGAUACCUAA